UCGUAUCAUAUCCGAGUCAUCCAUCUGUACAUAUAUCAACAACAGCACUUUUUGCAUCUGUUCGCCACUUCAUCAGGACUCAUGACUGAAUACGAUUAUUCACCCGCAGCAUGGGAGCAUCAUCUCGCUCAACAAGCUCGGGUUUCAAACUGGGUAUCCCAGACAACUGCUCAAGCUCAUUCCUACUCCAAUCCAUUCGUCAUGUCGCCCACAUUGCGUGACCGCUCGUUCUAUGAUGAUGAGCUAAAUGGAAGAUGGCAGCGCUCCGCGCCCAGCCGCUCGAAAACUUACAAUAUACCUCCUACGAGACAAGAGGAUCCAUAUAGGCACACCUCUUCUCGCUCGCGUUCAGGUUUCCACUCGCAGCCUGUUGAAGUAUGGUCAUACCCCCACUCCAGUCGUACCACCAUACAAACCACAUCACAUUCUCGUACUAGCCCAGUACGCAAGCCACCAUCACGCUCGCAAACUAUACAAGCCAUCUAUCCGCCAGCUGUGGCCCCCACACACCAGUACGAACGCACUCAGCCCUAUCCUUAUCCGCAGAAGCAAUCGCAGCCCGUGAGGCAACAUACUUCUCCGGCCUACUAUUACCCGGAGCAGUCCCACGGACACGGAUCUCACCAGCGGACGAUGUACCACUCACCUUCGCGGCCAUCGCAGUCGUACCAUCACGCCCCUAGCGGUCGUUUGGAGUAUCACUAUGGGCUCAGAAGAAGCCUCAGCCUCUGUUUAAGCGCUUGCUAGGGUUCAUGUCACCUGGUACAGGUAAUGGAAGGGGCGGACCGGCGAAGCACCGUAGCUCGGGGAGGCGCUCGUCCUAUUGAAGACCGAGCAAAUGUCGGAGCCUUGUCGCAUAUCAUGUUCAAAUAUCAUAGAGUCGCUGGGCUUCUCAGGAGUCCGAGACCAGCAUACA